GUAUUGAAGUGCGCAUGCCCAGUGGAGGUAGCUGUAUCCCUUCUAGCCAUAAAAAGAGCGCGUACACACACAUCAAUUAAAAGCAUCAAUACACACACAGUGGUAGUGAGUGUAUACAGUCAGGGCAGCUUACAGAAACGCUGCCAUCGUUCCAAACUAUGUCAAAUAUUAAACAUCAGCCCGCUGCUUGCGUUCACUGAGGUGAAAUACAGACGCAGAGACAGCGCGGUGAUUUCUGGGAUGUGAAGUUUACUUGGGUCUGUUUGUCUGACGCACUCUUCCUCUAAAUUAAAUAUAUCAGUCGUAUGAGGUUCAUAUUGUUUAUAUGUUACGCGCUUAUGGACUGACAUUAAAUUGUGUCUAUUAAUACAUUUCAUCGAGUUAAAUCCAUAAAGGACAACGAAAGCUGAACAUCUUACAGGCGUGAAACACAGUGCGUGUACAGACGCGCUCGCGCAUCCUCACGCUGUUUCUACCGCUGUAAUAAUGAGCACUGACAGAGAGCAGAAGUUUCCUCUGUGUGAGACUCUACAUGACGCCAUCCACCAGGGGGCAUCACGAGCUCGAGAGCUGACCCACAAACAACACACACUACACACACUGCAGGUUUCAUUGUCAGAGAUGGAGCAGAGAUGCAGGCUUGUGUAUUCUGAUCUCCAGCAAAAGGAGAGAAACAUCAGUGUUGUGUUGUGUGACACUGAGAAUCUUCAAAACAACAUCACGAGUUUGGAAACACAGAUACACAACAUCCUCCUGGAAAACCUGCAACUCCGACAUUCCAUAGAGGAGCAGUCGGAAAACUUCCGCUCUUCACUCGCGGGGUACACCGUUUACCGGACCAAACUGGAGAUGUUUAAAGAGUCUGUGUGUGAGGUGGAGAGACAGACGGACGUCUAUAAGCAGUUGAAGGAGAAAGAGCUGCACGUGUCUAAACUCAAACAAACGCUUGAUGAACUCAAACACGAUUUACAGAAUCCUGAAGGCAAAAGUGUCGUUCAGGCACAGAAGGAAAUUAACCUUCUUCAAGCAAACAUCCGCAGCAGCAGACAAACGGCGAGGGUUAGAAAAGCUCACCUGAAGAGAGAACGAGAGGCUCACACACAGCUGAGGAAAGAUACGGAGAUUGAGAACCGCAGGUGUGACGCCAUCAUGAAGAGACUUCACUGUCAGCUGAAGAAAGUUCAAAGCCAACACAGACGGCUCUCCACUGACGUCACUGACAUGAAGAAAGAGCUGGAAGAUCUCAAGAGUCAACAGACCGCACGUUCUUAAAACCACCUUCAUCAUCACUGUGGUUUGUCCCGUUUCACAAAAUCGUUAUAAUAACCCGUAAAAGCUUCUUUGACGUAAGAAAGUUAUUUCAAAUGCAAACAGAAAACAAUGUGAUUGUUUACAGUUAAAUGUGUGUUAUGUUCAGUAAACAGCAGAAAUCAA